AUGAGACGUGGAACUGUCGCCUGCAGCCACGAAUAUGCGUCGGGGCUGUCGCCGAUUUCAUUCCUAGGACAGAGGCAGGCUUUCUCUGCUCUCAAAACCAGUCGCUGCACGCUCGCCUCUACGGUAAGCUCUUCUGCCUCUCCCUUUGCGGGGCAUCCCCGCGCGGCUCUGUCUCGGCCUUCCACCGUCGAUGCGUCGACGUCUUUGCUGUCUCGCCACGUUUUCGCUCGCUUCCAACAUUCUUUGCACUCGGCGCCGCAUCGCGCCAGCCCAGGCGCAGACAGCAGCGAGGCGAGCGACGCGACUGCGUCUUUCGGCUACCGUCAAGUUCCGAAGGCACAGAAGCAGCAGAUGGUUGCGUCCGUGUUUUCCUCGGUAGCCGAGCGGUAUGACUUGAUGAACGAUCUGAUGAGCAUGGGGUUACACCGUUGUUGGAAGGACGCGUUCGUGGACCUCGUCCAGUUCCCCACCUUGCAGCCAAACAGUCGGCACCCCGCGUGCUCAGGAGACCAGCAGUCAAGACGCUUUCGAAUCCUCGACCUCGCGGGCGGGACCGGAGACAUUGCCUUUCGUUUCGUUGAGAAGGCCGAGGCGCAGUGGAGUCAGCAACAGGCGAUUCGCCGAAAGCGUCAGGCUGCGUCGAGUGCGUGCCUCGCAGGAGAGCGCGAUUCUGAAGGGGAUGUGGAGGGCGAGAAGCGCGCGGAGGCGCAGACAACUCCGGCGUCGUUCUCGGGAAUAGAUGUGACGGUGUGCGAUAUCAACGCAGACAUGCUCCGCGUUGGACAGCAGCGAGCGGUCGAGCGGGGUCUGCCGGUCUCGCCCAUUGUCCACUCGCACCAGGAAGUGGAGAUGCAACUCGCCAAGCAGAGACUCCAAGAAGCGUCCGAGAGGACGAAAGGCGGCUUCGACGGGAGAUGGAGCGCAGCGGAGGCGAGCGAGAGUCGCUUCGUGGGGGCCGAGAGCGAUGGUGUCCCGUUGCUUCUCCAGUGGGUCUGCGGAAAUGGAGAACAGCUGCCGUUCGCUGACGAAAGUUACGACGUCGUGACGAUUGCCUUCGGCAUUCGAAAUUUCACGGACGUGAAAAAAGGCCUCAAAGAAGCCGCGCGGGUUCUCCGUCCGGGAGGACGGUUUCUCUGUCUCGAGUUCAGCCGCGUUGAGAAUCCGACUCUUGCUGCGCUCUAUGACAUCUUCUCUUUCAAUGCGCUUCCUUUGAUGGGGAGCGUGGUUGCGGGGGAUCGCGAGGCGUACCAGUACCUAGUCGAGAGCAUCCGGAAAUUUCCGCCUCAAGAAGAAUUUGCAGCUAUGAUGGCCGACGCGGGAUUCCACCACGUGGCUUUCUCAAAUCUUACCUUCGGGACGGUCGCCAUACACUCUGGCUUCAAACUGGGGAAGCAUUAG